AAGAGCACAUCACAGCUCACAGAGCUGUUUCUACGCCCUUGUCUCAGAGUGUAGUUGGUGAAAAAGUUGACAAGACAGCGGAGAGUCCAGGCAGGGUUCUGAAGAGCCCUAUUCUGGUGAAAACCCAGACAACUGCUGCUGCCUUCACAGCAACCAUGGGAGACCAUGCUGGUGGUGAUCAUAUGAAGGAGAAUCUGCUUCAGCUGAGAUGUCACUUCACAUGGAGACUACUGAUUGAAGACCUUGACAUACCUGAUUUGGAAAUGAGAAUCUCAGAGGAGGUUGAGUUCCUAGACAUCAAGAAGCCAGUGGGGAUGCACAACCUGCUGGCCUAUGUGAGGCAUCUGAAAGGCCAGCAUGAGGAAGCCCUGCAGAGCAUGAAGGAAGCAGAAGCCUUGAUCCAGGGGGAGCAGCUGGACAAGAGAAGCCUGGUGACCUGGGGCAACUGUGCCUGGGUGCAUUACCACAUGGGUAGCAUGGCAGAGGCCCAGACCUACCUGGACAAGGUGGGGAAGACUUGCAAGGAAUUUGCAAGUCCCUUCCGCUAUAGGAUGGACUGUGCCGAGAUGGACUGUGAGGAAGGCUGGGCCUUGCUGAAGUGUGGAAGACAGAAUUAUAGACGAGCCAUGGCCUGCUUUGCAAAGGCUCUGGAAGUGGAGCCUGAAAACCCUGAAUACAACACUGGCUAUGCCGUUGCUGCCUAUCGCAAAGACUGGGAUGACAAUGAUAUUUCUCUGGAACCCCUCAGGAAGGCUGUCAGUUUAAAUCCAGAAGAUCCAUAUCUUAAAGUUUACCUUGCCCUGAAGCUUCAGUGUUCAGGAGCAACAGCUGAAGCAGAAACAUAUAUUGAAGAAGCCCUCAGCAGCACAUCCUGCCAAACCUAUGUCUUUCGCCAUGCAGCUCAGUAUUAUCGCAGGAAAGGAUGCAUAGACACAGCUCUUGAACUCCUACACAGGGCCUUGCAGGCAUCACCUGCCUCUGGCUACCUCCAUUACCAAAUAGGGCUCUGCUACAAGCAAGAAAUGGUGGAACUGAUAACAUCCAGAAGCAGGCAGCCAAGAAUGCAGGACGAUUUGCAGGAAUUGGCAGAACAGGCCAUUGGUGAAUUUCAAAGGACUGUGGAACUGAGGCCCACAUUUGAGAUGGCUUAUGUAUACAUGGCUUCAGUGCAGGCAGAAAUUCACCAAUAUGAAGAAGCAGAGGCAAAUUUCCAGAGGGCACUGAACAUGAGGAAUGUUGAUUGUCACAUACAGCAGGAUAUUCAUUUGCGAUAUGGCCGUUUCCAACAAUUUCAUCAGAAAUCAGAAGACAAGGCGAUCAUCCACUACUUAAAAGGCCUAAAGAUAGGAGAAAAGACCUUUGUCUGGAAAAAACUUCUCACAGCUUUGGAGAAAGUGGCUGAAAGACGUGUUCACCAGAAUGUGCAACUUGUGGAGAGCAUCGGCCUCCUUGGGUUAGUCCACAAACUGAAAGGGAACAUGCAGGACGCCCUGCAGUGUUAUGAGAGGGCCCUGAGGCUCACAGGGGAAAUGAACCCUGAAUUCUGAAUGCAGCUCAACUCUGUGAAGCUAAUGGACUCAUCACUGAGGGUUCCUGCUCUUCUUUCUGAUAGCUUUCUCCAGAACUGCAUGGCUUGUAUCUCAAUGUAUUUGCUCCUGCCACUGCUUUCCCACCCUCACCAUCAUGUCUAGAAGGAACUUCUGUCCCAACCAUACCUGUUCACUUAAUGACCAGGACGGACACUUGCCAUGAGUCACAGAAGCCUUUUCCUUAUGUCCGUAUCUUGGGUACAAAAGUCUUCCAUCCUCUGCCUGUCAGUGUGCUGGACAAAGAAGUCUUCUCCAAGGAGGUUUCUUUUUAGGUCAUCAGAAACUCUUACUAUAGCAUAAUCUCAGAGCAAAAAAAAAAAAUAGUAAAGGAGACUGUUGAAAGCAGGACAUGUUUCACUGUAAUAAGAAUCAUAAGUUUGGAGAAAGUAAGCAAAAGGAACUUUCUGGGAACUUACAGACUGAAGAAGACACAAGGAUCUUCUUCCAAUUUUUCUAUGUCACUGCUAAUGUGUUAUAUUUGAUGAUUUUUCCUCAGCUGAACUAUAUUAAGCAAAAGUCUUGGGAAUCACAAGCCCUUUCUGUGUCAAAUGUUGAUACAAUUCAAAUGGAUACCCCAGAGCCUACAUAAGACCGAACUAGACUCCAUUAACAUAGGUGACAAUGGUACGACUAGGACAAUAUAUAAAGCCACUGGCAGUGGGUCCCAGAUCUAACACUCAUGCACAAACUAACUUGGUGGAUUCCAUUCUAUAUGGAGAGAUACCUUGUCCAACCUAGACACAGGGGUGUGGGAAUGGAGAGGUGCCUUGGUCCUGCCUCAGUGAGAUGAUGGGACAGACUUAGUAGAUAUCGUAGGGGAGGACUUACCCUCUCAGACGAGCAAAUGGGAGGUCAGAGGUGAAUGAGGGUACCAGGAGGAAAGGAGGGAAGUGGACUGGGAUUGGGACAUAUAAAAAUCAAUUAAGAAAAGGAUUCCUUUUCAGUGUCCUCAAGAAGGCAUUGAAAUGGGAAAAAUUAAUACAAGCCUAAAAACGUAGUUAGAUUUCAAAGCAAGUAUUGGAGAAAACAAACAAACAAACAAAA